GUGGCAGGGUCCAAACAACAGAGCUGACCCACCAAGACUGGAAACUGAAAGGCACUGGAAAGGCAUAUGGGAGAAGGAGGUUGCACAUAACAGCAGUGCACAAUGGCUGGUGACCCUGAGAGAGGAGCACAGCAACCUCCCUGAACAGAACCCAGUUACCAUAACAGUGGCAGACAUACAGGAAAGAGUCUCAGAUAUGAAGAACUGGACAGCACCAGGCCCGGACAUGGUCCACACCUACUGGCUAAAGAAACUCACAGCGCUCCAUGAGCGCCUAGCAGCACACUUUAAAGAGGAAGAAGAACAGAAGGCCCCUGACAUUAAAAGUGAAGAGGAGCCAGAGUACUCUUGCACAAAAGAUGGUGACAAUACAUCAGCAAAUAUUGACGAUGAUGAGAAUGAUGAUGAGGAUGAGGAGUCCGAUAGUGAUUUGACAUGUCACACUGACAACAAACCUUGUAAAUGUUCUUGGUGUGGCAAAACGUUUGCUAUUAAGAGUGCUUUGAAAACACAUGUGAGAACCCACACUGGUGAGAAAUUGUUCACCUGUUCCGAUUGUGGCCGUAAAUUUUCACGGAAGGGACACUUACAAAUUCACACAAGAACACACACAGGUGAGAAACCUUUUGCCUGCACGGAUUGUGGCCAAAGAUUCUCUUGGAAGAGACACUUAAUAAACCACACAAGAAUCCAUACUGGUGAGAAACCUUUUGCCUGCCCUGAUUGUGGCCAAAGAUUCUCUCAGAGGGGACCCUUAAAUGAUCAUAAAAGAACCCACACCAGUGAGACACCUUUUUCAUGCUCAGAUUGUGGCCAAAGAUUCUCUCAUAGCGCACACUUAAAAAUUCACAAAAGAACCCAGGCUGGUGAGAAACCUUUUUCAUGCUCAGAUUGUGGCCAAAGAUUUACUCAUAAGGGACACUUAAAAGUUCACAAAAGAACCCACACUGGUGAGAAACCUUUUGCCUGUUAUGAUUGUGGCCAAAGAUUCGCUCAUAAGGGAAGCUUAAUUAGCCACACAAGAAUACACACUUGUGAGAAACCUUUUUCCUGCUCAGUUUGUGGCCAAAGAUUUUCUGAGAAGGGAUCCUUAAAUGCACACAGCAGAACACACACUGGUGAGAAACCUUUUGCCUGUUCAUUCAUUCAUUCAUUCAUUCAUUCAUCUUCCGUACCGCUUGAUCCUCACUAGGGUCGCGGGGGGUGCUGGAGCCUAUCCCAGCUGUCUCCGGGCAGUAGGCGGGGGAAACCCUGAAUCGGUUGCCAGCCAAUCGCAGGGCACACAUAGACGAACAACCAUCCACGCUCACACUCACACCUAGGGACAAUUUAGAGUGUUCAAUCAGCCUGCCAUGCAUAUUUUUGGAAUGUGGGAGGAAACCUGAGUACCCGGAGAAAACCCACGCAGGCCCGGGGAGAACAUGCAAACUCCACACAGGGAGGCCGGAGCUGGAAUCGAACCCGGUACCUCUGCACUGUGAAGCCG